CCUACUUCAGCUCUCUCUGCUACAUUUCCCAUUUGUUGCAUAAUAAUUUUAGUUUAUUGCCUUGAAAUUUAGUUUCCUUCCUUGGCCAUUGCCAUAACUAGGGUCCCCGUCCCUUCCGCUUGUGCGGCUGACCUCGAUCAAUCCCUGCCUAGUUUCAUCCACUAUAAACUGUUACCCAACUGUCGCCGUCUGUUUUUUUUCUUCUUCUCCGCCGCAGCCGCAGCCGCAGCCGCAUCCCCCGCCGUCUUCCUCCGACAUCUCUCCGCUUUUCCCCAUCACUUCACUCGGUUGACCCCAAUUCAUCGAUCUGGAUAUGGGUUUCCUGCUGGUUUCAAUUAAUUGUUUCUCGCCGGCGAAUAAUCGAUAAGGGUUCCCCUAUUUCUCGCCUUCUCGAUUGUUCCACCGGAGAAAGGGUGCCUUUCUUUUUCUUCUUUGGGGGUUGGUCUUCUUUUCUAAAUCUUGUUUUGGUUUUGGUAGUUCUGAGCUCGUCCAGCUGUGGAAAUUUGUGGGUUUCGGGAGAUUCGGAUUGGGUUCUUUCUCAAUUUGCCCAAUUUGAUUGGGAUUCGAUGGAGCAGCUCAGGCUCGCUUUUAUAGAAAGUUCGGAUUUUGCUGGAUUUCCAUGUCUGUCUGUUUUCGAAAAUAUUCAUUUCUCUUGAGUGACGAAGAUUAAAAUAAAUAGGCAUCCAUCCCAUUCACUACUCGCAUCUGUGUCCAGAGACAGAGUAUCGGUUUUGAUCUUGCAGAGGAACUGUAAAAAAAAAAAAAAAACAGCCGAUUUUUUUCUUCUCUUCUGAGAUGGAGGAUAAUAGGAACGACGGGAAAGUCAACAGAGGGAGCAGCUGCAGCCCGAGCGGCGGCGGCGGUGGCGGCGUGUAUAUGGCCGACGCCGUUCUAGGCUGCGUGAUGCCGUACAUCCACGACGCGCGUGACAGGGACGCGGUGUCGCUGGUCUGCCGGCGGUGGUACGAGCUGGACGCUCAGACCCGUAAACACGUUACGAUUGCCCUCUGCUACACGACGAGCCCAGAUCGGCUCCGCCGGCGGUUCAAGCACCUCGAGUCCCUGAAGCUGAAGGGGAAGCCCCGGGCGGCCAUGUUCAAUUUGAUACCGGAAAAUUGGGGCGGGUAUGUUACCCCAUGGUUGAAAGAAAUCGCAGAGUCGUUUACCUGCUUGAAAUCGGUUCACUUCAGGCGGAUGAUUGUUAAGGAUUCGGAUCUGGAGCUUCUCGCCAGGUCUCGUGGGAAGGCCUUGCAGCACUUGAAGCUCGACAAGUGCUCUGAUUUCUCUACCGAUGGGCUUCUUCAGGUGACUCGAUUGUGCAAGCAAUUGAGGACUUUGUUUUUGGAAGAGAGUAUUAUCUUGGAGAAAGAUGGUGACUGGCUACAUGAGCUUGCUACACAAAAUACUGUUCUUGAGACUCUUAACUUCUACAUGAUAGACCUCACCAAACUAAGGGUUGAAGACCUUGAACUCAUAGCCAAAAACUGUAGAUCCUUGAUCUCUGUAAAGAUGAAUGAUUGUGAGAUCCUAGAUCUCAUUGGCUUCUUUCGAGCUGCAACUUCUUUGGAAGAAUUUUGUGGUGGCUCCUUUUCUGAUUUACCUGAAGAUGAUGUACCAGACAGGUACUCUGCUGUAACUUUCCCCCCUAAACUAUGCCGGUUAGGUCUAACCUACAUGGGAAAGAAAGAAAUGGCCAUAGUUUUUCCAUUUGCUCCCAUUCUCAAAAGGUUGGAUCUCCUCUACGCAUUGCUUGACACAGAGGAUCACUGUCUUUUGAUUCAAAAGUGCACCAAUCUAGAAAUCCUUGAGACAAGAAAUGUGAUUGGAGAUAGAGGGUUGGAAGUUCUUGCAAGGAGUUGUAAGAAACUAAAGAGGCUCAGAAUCGAGCGUGGUGCAGAUGACCAAGGACCAGAGGAUGAAGAAGGUGUGGUUUCACAAAGGGGACUGAUUGCUCUCUCCCAGGGCUGCCUAGAACUCGAGUACUUGGCUGUGUAUGUCUCUGACAUCUCAAAUGAAGCUCUCGAGUCACUUGGCACCUACUCAAAGAACCUCAAUGACUUCCGCCUGGUCCUUCUGGAUAGAGAGGAGAGAAUAGCUGAUUUGCCACUCGACAACGGAGUUCGGGCACUAUUGAGAGGCUGUGACAAGCUAAGGAGAUUCGGUCUAUAUCUCAGACAAGGUGGGUUGACCGAUUUGGGGAUGAGCUAUGUUGGGCAGUACAGCACAAACGUGACGUGGAUGCUUCUGGGUUACGUCGGGAAUAGUGAUGAGGGUCUUCUGGCUUUCUCCCGCGGAUGCCCUAGCCUGCAGAAGCUUGAGAUGAGGGGAUGCUGCUUCAGUGAGGGUGCACUGGCUAGAGCUGUACUCCAACUGGGUUCCCUUAGGUACUUGUGGGUGCAGGGUUACCGAGCAUCACAGACUGGAAGGGACCUUCUAGCAAUGACUCGCCCUUUCUGGAACAUCGAGCUGAUUCCUCCGAGGAAAAUAGUUGUCCCGAGUCAGGAUGGAGAAACUGUGAUCAUGCAUCCUGCACAAAUACUUGCUUACUACUCUCUUGCGGGACCGAGAUUGGAUUUUCCUGAUACCGUUAUCCCCUUGGACCCAGGAAGCUAGCUUUGGUUUUCAAGUUGUUGUAUAUUAGAGAUAUGAGUCAGCAUCCAGUGUCUAUAGUUUCAUCCCUGCUUUCCUGUUUCUAUUUUGAUCAGUUGUUUAUCAUCCUUUUUUCUUGUCUGUCUGGUUUUAGAACUUUAGCUGCUCUGGGUUUGUGGAGAGACACACCCUUCUGUCUGUACUAAUAAGGCCUUGCUCUUUAUGUGUUUAUGGAGUUUGUGUGUAAUUGUGGGAGUAAACGAGCACUUUAAAUUGUAUUUCAUAGUUGUUACUGAGACAAAAGAUCAGAAUCUGGAGCUUGAUGAAAUUAUAUCAGAUAUGAUGCCAUGGGGCUUGCUUUUGGUUCC